AUGAACGUUCGGACUAUCCAAAAACUGCAACUACCGAUGAAAACAUCGCCAAAAUUCACCAAACUGCUAGACGACCGCCGAAUUAAACAUGGUUACAAGCAGCGUGCAUCGCCUGGCCGCCUUAAGACAAUCAAUCACGUGGGACGUAUAAGAAGCGCAGUACCCACCCUGGUGCUGUACUUCUCAUUCCUUGUCCAAGGCAUCCUCAAGAGCCAUCUCAACCAACGGAUUGAUCGCUUAGUAGAGUCAGCUGCAAUUAGCCGGCCGGCUCGCUCUGAAGUUUUCCUUUAUUUGCCACAGCUAAUUAAAUAUUGUCAGCUGAUUAUUCACAGCGAGAUGGAAGUAUUAAUUAAGAGAGAGCGCCCUCUGUAA